GACGAAAAAUUCUCCAGAAUUUCCCGCGACGAGCCAGUGGCUGUUUUCACUGCUUGUUCCAGAGAUUGGAAACAUAGGCGAAGACAAUCUUAUUUACAGAAAGCCCCUUUCCCGCCCUCCGUUAGCUAAUUAAACUUUUUUUUCAGGGACAUUGCCAUCACGAGUUGCAUCAUUUUUCUGGAAGACCGUCCAUUAUUGCGCUAUUGACCUCUCCCUCAUUACCGAGGCCCCCUGGAGUUAUGUCAACAGCUGCCUUAAUCACUUUGGUUAGAAGCGGUGGGAACCAGGUGAGAAGGAGAGCACUGCUCUGCUCCCGCCUGCUGCAGGACGGCAGGUGGUUGACGCCUAUGUGCCACAGCUCCACUUCAGAGCCCAGGUGCUCUCGGUUUGAUCCUGAUGGUAGCGGGCGACCAGCCACGUGGGAUAAUUUUGGCAUCUGGGAUAACCGCAUUGACGAACCAAUUCUGCUGCCACCCAGCAUCAAGUAUGGCAAGCCAAUUCCCAAAAUCAGCUUGGCAAAUGUGGGCUGCGCCUCGCAGAUUGGCAAACGAAAAGAGAAUGAAGACCGGUUUGACUUUGCUCAGCUAACAGAUGAGGUCCUGUACUUUGCGGUGUAUGAUGGCCACGGGGGACCUGCGGCUGCUGAUUUCUGUCACACCCAUAUGGAGAAGUGCAUCCUGGAUUUGCUUCCUAAGGAGGAGAAUUUGGAAACUGUGUUGACCGUGGCUUUUCUAGAAAUAGAUAAAGCCUUUGCAAGGCACGCCCACCUGUCUGCUGAUGCAACCCUUCUGGCCUCUGGGACUACUGCAACAGUAGCCCUGUUGAGAGAUGGUAUUGAACUGGUUGUGGCCAGUGUUGGGGAUAGCCGAGCAAUUUUGUGUAGAAAAGGAAAACCCAUGAAGCUGACCAUUGAUCAUACUCCAGAAAGAAAAGAUGAAAAAGAAAGGAUCAAGAAAUGUGGGGGUUUUGUAGCUUGGAAUAGUUUGGGACAGCCUCACGUGAACGGCAGGCUUGCAAUGACAAGAAGUCUUGGAGAUUUGGAUCUUAAAACCAGUGGUGUGAUAGCAGAACCUGAAACAAAGAGGAUUAAGCUACAUCAUGCUGAUGACAGCUUCCUGGUCCUCACUACAGAUGGAAUUAACUUCAUGGUGAACAGUCAAGAGAUUUGUGACUUCAUCAACCAGUGCCAUGAUCCCAAUGAAGCGGCCCAUGCAGUAACUGAACAGGCAAUACAGUAUGGUACUGAAGAUAACACCACUGCAGUAGUAGUGCCUUUUGGUGCUUGGGGAAAAUACAAGAACUCUGAAGUCAGUUUCUCGUUCAGCAGAAGCUUUGCCACCAGUGGACGAUGGGCCUGAUCUCUGACUGGGACUUGGAGUUUCUGUGCAACAGUUUUCCACUGAGUGUGUCAAGAAACUGAUUAGAUUAAAAAGUCAACCAUACCGAGGUGACCCUAGGACUAACUAGACCAGUACACAAAUCAGUGUGAACUUAGUAACCGCUUACAUAGUAGUUUUUCAUAAAUACCCAUCAUAUUUAUGUUCAACUAACUGCACAUACUCAGUAUAAACAUAUGUGUAAUUCAGCUAUUGUGAGUGAGUCUCUGAGUUGAGUGAGCAAAUGAAAAAUGGUUUUGAUACACUUGCUGGGUGUGAAAGUUCUAAUUUUUAAAACCCCUGAUCUAAAACACUAAUCAUUGCCCCCAUUACAUUCUAAUUCUCAUUUUUAAAACUCUAAGGCAGCUAUGAGUUUCUUUUGAUCAUGUCUGAUCUUUUUUCGUUUGACCAGGUUCUUGCCUUCAAGUUCUUUAAAACUAGUUAAUAUUCUGACAAAUACUCAAUGUGUUAUCUGCAAGUGUUUAUUUUAAAUAACUGUACCAAGGAGUAAUUAUGAAAACUGAGUUCUCUGUUACUAUAUUUUGUAUUCUGGAUCACUUACUGGUAAAUGUAACAAUGCAAAAGAAAUCAGUUCAGAUAACAUGACACUGCUAAACUGUAUACAUAUGUACAACAGUGCACUUACGUAUUUUAGCUGUGUCACCCUGUCUCCACUGCCCCUACUCAAUUCAUUCCUAUUUUUCUGUAGCUAAGAAUGUUACAUAGAUAUGACUGUUCCUUCAUAUGAGAAAAGAAUGCCCAGGCCGAGAGUUCAUUGCUCAAAGCUACACAAAGUCAAAUACUGCUAGUAUCAAGCAUUUUGUAUAAAGUUGCCAUUUGUUAUCUCCAAUUCUAUGUUUUAUGUUCUGUGCAUAAUAUGUUUAUAUCACUUUUUAUAAAGAGUAAGCAAUUUGGAUAAUUUGUCGGUAAAAAUAAUCCCCUACAUUGACUGAUAAUUGCUACAGACAGCUUGAGGUUUAUGUCUCCUUUUUCUAGACUCGAGAAAGACUAAAUCUUAAAAAAGAAAAACUUCUUUUUUAGCUUGCUAUGUAACUGAGGAAUGUAAAACCAUAUUUCUUUAUAUCUGUGCAUAAGUUUGCCGUUAAAAUGUGAAUCUCUAAAUGUGUGUAUGGAAUUGUAUCUGCAGUUUAUUUCUGCAGACAGUGUAAAUUUGUUAUAUGUGUAGGUGUAUGUACAUAUGUAUAUUUUUGACUAAUAGAAAAUUAAAGGGAACAAUCCUAUGUAGCUCUUUCACCAGUUAGCUUUAAAUUAUUCGUAUGUUUAUCUCUAAGGACUCUUCAUAAACUGAGGGAAAUUUUAUUGUGGAGAACCAAUGGUUACUGGCAGAUGAGGAAAUGGAUUAAAAACAGCUGUAGGAGAUAUUCUGUGGUGGGUAACUUAUGUGGAAAACCUAGGAACAGAACCAGCAUGUUGAAGCUAUAUUGCUAUGUAGCGUCUGCAUAUAAAAUAAUAGGAUGUGAGAAAAAUACCGAGGGUUAAAAAUGACAUGGAGUUUUGUUGUAGGAACAAAAGAAAAAACAAAAAGAUAACAUUGAUGUACCUUCAACUCUUAGUUUUCAGAGUUGGCUUUUUUUUUCUUUUUUUAAUUUUCAUUUCUUUAUUAGAAAGAAGAGAGCACAAUAUAAAUAGUCCCAUUUCCUCCUCACCUGUUUGGGAAUGGAAGAAAAUAGAUCCUGAGUUUUCUUGCCUAUAUUAGUCAGGAAUUGUCCUUUGGAAAAAAGUGGUAAAAAAAAUAUUGCUUUUUUUUUUUUUUCAAGAAAGUUUAGUGAAAGAAAGAAAAAUGUUACAAGAAAGAAUAUGGUCUCCAAUUCAUUGCCUGGGAAGUGAUGAACCAAAGGUAGACUAAGAAAGCUGGAAAAGUUUCUUGUUGUUUCUGAAUCAGGUCUUGGGACAUAAAUAUGGAAGCUACAUUUAGGAGUAUGGAGAAUUUCCAAACUAACAAGAAAAUGGAAACUAAAGCACAAAAUGACCUAAAGCUGUGGGUUUUAGGGGGAGGAUAUAGCUCAGCGGUAGAGCGUAUGCCUAGCAUGCACAAAGUUCUGGGUUCAACCCCCAAUACCUCCAUCAAAAAAUAAUUAAUUAAAGCUGUGGGUUUUAUUUUUACUUCGAAUUCUUCACAUUGCUAUUCCUCUCGUUGACUUUAAAAACUAAGAGUGGAACGAUGUCGAGUUCAAAGGUCUAAGAGUCACUGAUGCAUUGUAAACAUUGCCAGGUGUGACAGAGGCAUUUGUGGGGCACGUAGGCAUUGAUCUGGGGUGGACUUUCCUCUGCUCAACCUGAAAGUUUUUAAAGCCCGAAACUAGUCAGCCUUGACUAACUGGUGUUUGUUUUUCAAGCCACAAUGUUGAAGUAUAACUUACAGAUUAUUGUAGUCCAUAAAAGAAGCAUAUUUUAUUAGGCUUCUAAAUCUAUUGCUGGGAAUUACACAAAUAGUAGUGGGGAAAAAAGGACUCUUCUGAAUAUAAAUUUUUAGUUACAACUGUGAAUUUGCCAUGUGGUUAUCACCAUGUGGGUACUGGUAUGCUGUAAACUACAUUAAUGUAAUUAAGCUUAAAUCAGUUGUAUUUAUAUUUGCCUUUCAUUUAUGUGUAGUAUAUAAAUCAUCUUUCUGAAAUGCGUUGCCACACUUUAUUUGCCAACAUUUAUUUGGCAAGAUAAUCUUAAAAUCAUUGUGAUUUUUCACAAGUAUAAAUUCUUAAGCACCUUAUGAAUCCAAAUAUAAAUACAGUCUUGCUUUCCAUCAACUGUUACAGACCCUUGUGUUAAGUGCUUCAAAAUUUUAUGCAUUUUUUUCUGGAAAAAAAGAAGUUUUAGAGGAAUCAGUUUUGAAUUUCUGUACUCUAUGAUGGGGACAUUUCUCAAGUUGCAACAUUUAAAAACUUACUUUGAAGAACUAUUAGCAUGUAAUGUAAAUAUUAAUUAUGUUUUCAAAGUGGAAUUUAAUUUUUUUUUAUGAAUCUUGGCAGAGAAUGAGUGCUCUCUUCAUCUAUGCUAACUCUUCAGUAUCAGGCGUGACAUUUCGUUUCCUUUCUAAGAAUGGACAAGGAGUUAAUUUAAUGGUAAUAAGAAAAUGCUUCAAAGCAGGUGAGGGGAAGGCAUGGUUAAAGUUUAGCAUCAGCAUCGAACCAUUAAUCACAAACAUAUCUUUGUAUUUUCUUUUAGUUGCUCAGUUGUUCACAUACUCAUGUCUAUGGAAAGUGACAUAAAAUUUUGGUUGGGUUACAUUUUAUUAUGUUUAUUAGAUUCAGUUAUCUAGAUGACUUCAGCAGAAAUAAUAAGUCAUGUAUUUACAAGCCAGACUGUGAUAACCUGCCUAUUGGUUCUGGCAUUUGGAAUGAGACCGCUUGACUCUCUGGCAGCUCUCUUUGGCUGUUAGUUGGUUGAGACAGUCCAUUGAUGGUCAUAUCGAGCCUUGCAGGCUGUGAAAUCAUGCUGUUAUUCCAGCUCCAAGAAUGACUCAUCUUCCACUGGAUUCUUGUACAGAAUUUUGCAGUUUGCUGUGUCCCACAUUAAUUUCUGCCAAAGUGCUCUCAUGUACAUUUGUUUUACAAUUUACCAAAGUACUAACUGAAUGCAUAGCACUUCUAUAGAGAGUUGAUGUCAUUGCUGCUUGGACCAUUGUUUUAAGUGUAUGUAUUAGAGUAACUGUAAGCAUACUAAAAUCACAUAUCUCUGUGUUCAAAACACCAUUUUAAUAAAGUACAUCCAUUAAACACUU